AUGGCGGCCAAUGAUUGGAGAAUCAAUGCCGAUGAACGAAUAAGAUACGAAUCGUACUUUCAACAAUGUGGUCCAAUACAAGGUUAUCUUUCGGGCGAACAAGCAAGAGAUUUUUUUGUUAAAUCAAAUUUACCUGGAGAUAUUCUUCGAAAAAUUUGGGAUUUGGCUGAUAUAUCAGCUGAUGGUCGUUUAGAUUCACGAGAAUUUAUUAUUGCGUGUCAUUUAAUAUCAUCUCAAGUUCAAAAAAAAGGACCAUUACCAACAAUUCUUCCACCUAGUCUUCUUUCGGAUUCAGGAAUAACAACAAAUGGUAUACCAUCCGUAACUACAUCACCAUUAUUAAUCAAUGCUUCCAGUCAACCUAUACCAACAGUUCCAUUAACAGGACCUAUUUUAAAAACAACUGGUCCAAAUAGUAGUUCAAUUGUACCAAUAACACCAACAAUUCGAUCGAAAUAUCUUCAACAAUUUCAUUCAAUUGUUGAUGUAUCGAAAACAAAUGGAUUAAUGAAUGGUUUACAAGCAAAAACAAUUCUUCAACAAACUGGCUUAUCAAAUGCUCUACUUCAUCAAAUAUGGGAUUUAGCUGAUUAUGAUAAAGAUGGUUGUUUAACACCAGAUGAAUUUGUUGUUGCAAUGCAUUGUUGUGACAUAGCACGUACAGGUCAAGCAUUACCAAUACAUUUUCCUGAUGAAUGGUUACAACAACAUGAACGAAAAGAUUCAACAACAAAAUCGAAUGAUAAUCGAACAUUUGCUAGUCUUAAUCAAGAACUUAAAGAAACAUUUAAUUUACCAAAUACAACUGAAAAUACUUCAGUCAACCGUUCAAAUGAAACAACAGAAGCUGAACGAAAAACUAUUAUGGCAACAUAUGAAGAAAAACGUUUGAAAAAUUAUGAAGAUGGAAAUCGAGAAUUAGAACGACGUCGACAAUUAUUACGUGAACAAGAAGAACGUGAACAAAAAGAACGUGAAGAACGAGAACGUAAACGUGAAUUUGAACUACAAAAACAAAAAGAGGAACAAGAACGUAAGAAACAAAUGGAAAUUGAACGACAAUUAGAAAAACAACGACAAAUUGAACAACAAAAAGAAGAAGAACGAAAAAAAUUAUUUGAACAACGUGAGGCAGCACGAAAAGAAAUGGAACGUAAAAGUCGUCUUGAAUGGGAGCGUCAACGUAUGCAAGAAUUAUCAACACAAAAAUCUCGUUUACUUGACCAAAUUAAUGAUUUAAAAUCUCGUGAAAAAGCUUUUGAACUUGAAUUAGAAAGUAUGGGUGAUACAAUGCAAACAUGUCAAACAAAAAUUAAUCAAAUAGAAACAAAUAUACGUACCAUUGAUGAAUCCAUAGCUGAUAUACAACGAAAUAUAAUGACAGAAAAAAAUCUUUUUGAUAAUGCUGAACAACAAAUAAAAGAUUUAAAAAUACAACUCAAUACUGUACAAACAGAACGUGAAUCACUUGAUUCAUCAUUAAAUCAACUUAAUCAAUCCAUAGAAUUUGGUAAGCAAAAAAAAGAAAAAAAUUAG